AUGGCAACUAAGGCCUCCUCUCUGGAAGAGGAGCUCUGUUGUUCUGUGUGCUGUGACAUCUUCAAGGACCCUGUAGUCCUGAAAUGCAGCCACAACUUCUGUAGAGUCUGUCUGCAGCAGUGCUGGAAAGAGAAGAGCUCUCGGGAGUGUCCCAUCUGCAGGGGGAAGGCCUCUAUCGAACCUCUACCUAACUUGGUUUUAAAAAAUGUUAUAGAGUUGUAUGUAAAGCAGAAGACUAAGAGUGAAGCUGCAGAGAAGAGUGAAGCUCGCUGCCGUCUUCAUGGAGAGAAGCUUCUGCUCUUCUGUGAGGAGGACCAGGAGGCUGUCUGUGUCGUGUGUCAGACUUCAAAAAAACACAGACACCACCAGCUCUGUCCAGUGGAAGAGGCAGCAGAGGACCUGAAGGAGGAACUCAGAAGUGCUAUGAAUUGCAUUAAAGAAAAGCUGGAGAGAUUCAUUAAAGUUAAACAAGAGUGUAAGAAAACAGCAGAGCACAUCAGGAAUCAGGCCCAAAACACAGAGAGGCAGAUAAAGGCAGAGUUUGAGAAGCUCCACCAGGUCCUGCGAGUUGAAGAGGAGGCCAGACUAGCUGCACUGAGGGAGGAUGAGGAGCAGAAAAGUGAGAUGGUGAAGGAGAAGAUAGAAAACCUCACAAGACACAUCUCCACCCUUUCAGAGAAAUUCACAGCUAUAAAGUGGGCCAUAAACUCUGAAGACAUCUCCUUCCUACAGGCACACAAGGAAACCAAAGAAAGAGCCCAGUGCACACUGCAGGAUCCACAGCUGCUUUCAGGGGCGCUGAUAGAUGUGGCCAAACACCUGGGCAAUCUGAAGUUCAGAGUCUGGGAGAAGAUGCUGGGGAUGGUGCAGUACACUCCUGUGACUCUGGACCCCAACACUGCAGCCCCCUGGCUCUCUCUGUCUGAGGAUCUGACCAGUGUGAGAGACACUGAUACAAAGCAGCAGCUUCCUGACAACCCAGAGAGGUUUGAUUCCUGUGUGAGUGUGCUGGGCUCUGAGGGGUUUACCUCAGGAAAACACAGCUGGGAGGUGGAGGUGGGGAACAAAUCUGAGUGGACUGUAGGAGUGGUGAAAGAGUCUGUUAACAGGAAGGGGAAGAUGAUAUGCAGCCCGCAGAAAGGAUUCUGGGUCAUAGUGCUGAGGAAUGGGGAUGAGUAUGAAGCAUCCGAUGUUACACACCUCAAACUGAAGAGGAAACCCCAGAGGAUCAGAGUGCAGCUGGACUAUGACAGGGGGGAGGUGUCCUUCUACGACCCCAGCGACAUGUCACACAUCUACACUUUCAAGGACAGAUUUACCGAGAAGCUCUUCCCAUAUUUUGAUCCCUAUACAACCAUUAGUAGCAGUAACCCUGGAGCCCUGCAGAUCUGUCCAUUUGAGAUAUCUGUGAAAGUUAUGUUAUCCCAGUGA